GAGCAGCCCUGCUCGACUGCUCGACUGCUCGGCGGCGCCGCGGAGUGCGCCAGUGCACCGAGGUGCCCUGCGGUGUCGUGCGUGGCGCCCCGAGGAGGCUAUCCGGUUGCGUUGCCGCGCAUCUCCGCCACCGCGGCGGGGGCAGCAGCGCAGCGGCGCAGUGGCGCUGCAGCGUGCACGGCUGCAGUGGCGCACUGCUGGCGCGCUGCCUCGCGGAGCUCCGCGGCCGACUGGGGCCAGAGCCUGUGCUCCGUGUGGGGCGGUUCCAACUGCAGCCAGGCCCUGAAUUCCAGCGUGGCCAGCGAAACGCGCAAGUGGCGCGAGUGCGGCUCGUGCGGCUGCAUGGUGGGCUGGAAGGCAACGGGAAAGGUAGGUGAGACGGCGCACUUCACCAUGACCUCCAUUUGCAUAGAUGCAUUCGAUGAAAUCGAGGACAACAUGUGGAGUAUCCGAUGCGACGCACUGAUGCCGUAUGAUCAAGUGCCCAUUACGUUCGAGCAGUGGGCAAUAUUUGGCAACGUGCCCCGCAUGCUCGGCGCCGAGCUGCAGCGCAGCGACGUGCUGGAGAAUGGUGAGCACCCCAUGGAAUGCGACAUGCAUCCGCGUUUGGCCCCACCGACGGCCCCAGCGUCAAUUGUGCCGGCCACUGAGGAUGAAAUGAAUGCAAUGCUCAGCGACGAGCUUGCGCCGCAGGUCAGCGGCGCACCGUCCGACGACAUCGAAGACACCGACGUCUACUCGAUCACCGCGGGGGGCCCUCAGGCGCCGUCGGCGGCGUCCGAGCCGGGCGACGGCGCGACGCUGGGCGCGGCUCGGCCGCGAGCGUCUUCGAUUCGCUCGGAGAAGCUCGAGGGCAAAAUUGCCGAGGGGAGACCCAUUGCGCAGCCCCUGAACUGGGAGAAGAUCAGGGCGCAAAGCAGCUACCACGAGGGGGACGCGCUCUGCCCCGUCCUCUUCCGCACAAGUUGCGAGGCCCAGAAGGGCUGUGAGCGGCAGGAUGUUCGGAAGUGCCUCCGACAAGAGAAGCCGACCCACCUCGGGCAGAUGCUUCAGGAGCAGACCCUCUACGGAGACUGCGUGGACAAGCUGCCCUACUUCCGACAGGAAGCCAUGUCGAAGUGGUUAUCCGGUUGCUGUCUUCAUGGCCCGUGCCGUGGUGAACCGCCGUUUGGCAUCGUCGGCCCGUUCGGAUCCAUCGAUGAGAACGAUCAGGUUGUGCUGGCGCAGCUCGACGACUCUGAAGACCGGGUCGCCCCCGCGUAUCCAUGCGGUUUCAACGCGGGUGAUUCAGACGAACCGCUGGAGCAGUUCGCCAUCGCGGAGCCCAGGGCGCUGGCGCCUAAGGCACCGACAGAGAGCGCCUCGACCUUGGACGCCGCGGGGCAGGGCGACCUGCGAGAGCCUGGCGGCGGGCAGGCUGAGCGGCCAUACGAUGCACCUACACCAGCCGACAUCACCGCGCUCGCGCCAGAAGGUCGCAUUCCCUUCGUGGGCAUACUUCAGCAGCGCGAUCCCUCGGCUGCGGCCGCGGCCAUGACAGCCGCCGCUUUCUGGGGUGGCGGCAGGGGCUGCCAGCGCGGCGACGGCGGCGCAUGGCAAUGUGCUGCGGACGCCCGGAGACAAUUCAUUGAACAGCAGAGGCGUCGCACCACGGAGGAUCUGAAGGCAUUGGAGUUGACGGCGCGCAACGGCUACACCUGGCGGACGCCCGCGAAGAUGGCGGCCCCGCUCGUUGUGGACGUUAACUUCCGCGCGUGCCAUCUGCCUGACAACGCGUUCGCACGGGGCGCGGAAGUCUGGCGCCUGCAGGGCAAACACCAGUCUCACGGAAUGUGCCGGGCCUUGUACGAGAAGUGCCUGGAUAUUGUGGAUACAGUUGCGUUUGUAAGAGAUGUACAAGAUUCCGUCCUGGACAUGAUCGGCGGCCAGGGCUGCAGCGCCACGGCUGAAUGGAACAAGAGCUGGUGCUGCGCGAAGGGUGGUUCCAACUGCAACCAGGCCCUUAGUCCUAGCAUGGAGUGCGAGACGCGAAGGUGGCGCGAGUGCGGCUCUUGCAAUCGCAUGACGGACUGGACCGAGGAUGGCGAUGCCGAUGACGUAAUGUGGUCGCACGAGGACUGCCGCGGCAUGGGCGACUGGGACCACAGCUGGUGCUACGUGCAGGGCGGUUUCGAGUGGCGCGACUACGGCUCCUGCGACUUCAUGUCGGAAUGGAACUACGAUGGAUUCAGCGUGGACGGAAAGGCGCGCAAGUGGCGCGAGCGCGGUUCCUGCAAACGCAUGACGGACUGGAACGAGCAUGGCGAUGCCGAUGGCGUUGUGGAGUCUUCCGUGGGCUGCAGCGCCACGGCCGACUGGGACCAGAACAGGUGUUACGCGAAGGGCAGUUUCAACUGCAACCAAUGCAAACUUGGCUGCAUCGCCACGGCCGACUGGGACCAGGGCCAGCGCCACGAUUGCGACGACUGCAGCGCCGCGGCCGACUGGUACCAGAGGUGGUGCUACGUGCAGGGCGGUUCAACCUGCGACCAGUCUCGGGAUUCCAGCGGGGCGAGCGAGAAGCGAAAGUGUUGUGAGCGCUGCUCGUGCAAUUGCAUGACGGGGUGGGACUACGAUGGCGAUGCCGACGGCGUGGCGGAAUCGCUCGAGGGCUGUAGCGCCACUGCCGACUGGGACCAGAGCUGGUGCUACGUGCAUGGCGGCUCCAACUGCGACCGAGCUCAGGAAUCCAGCGUGGCCGGCGCGACGCAAAAAUGGUGCGAGUGCGGCUCCUGCAACUGCAUGACGGGGCGGAACUACGAUG